AUGGCGAGAGCAUCCAGUUACAUUUACAUUGAAUCCUAUGUUUCUGCAAUGUUACUCGAUAUGAAAAAGGGUAUAUACCAACAAUCUGCAUCGCUAAUGAAAACAAAUCGCUUCAUACUGCGUCAGAUUACAAAAUUUGUUGCCGAGUUGAAUGCUGAGUAUUAUAAUGAAAUACUUCAAAAACAAUUGAAGCGUGAGCAAUUCAAUUUUAUUCACCAAUCAACGACUCCGUUGGAAGACGGAUGGGGUCGUGUAACUCACUUUUACACUAUGAUUGGCCCUCAUGCUAUACUACUCUACCAACCGGGUACACCCACAUUUAUGAGCAGUGUCGAUAGCAAUUGUGACCUUGUCGCGUGUCAUGAUAGCUGUCAACAGAAUGGAGUAAUAUUGGGUAUGGGCUGUGCUUGUUUUCUUGCUAAAUUCAUGACCCAUCUGAGCCAACAGUAUCAACAUAUAUGCGCUCAAGAAAUGGUCUCUUCGAAUAAUUUCCAUCCUUCGUUGUAUGGAAAGUCAUUGGACAUUUGCUUGGAAACUUUUGCGGCUGAGGAUGCGGAUACGUAUGGACGUCUGUUGGAAAUAAAAGAUUUACUCUUACAUGUGGGCGGUCAACAAGAAAUAAAAUGUGAAUUGCAUCAUCUAUUUUAUCUGAAAGAUAUUGCAGUUCAGCAGCAGAACAAUGAUGACUACGAUCGAAUUGUGCAUAGUCGUUUACGUUUAUCACAGGUAGAUUUUGAUCGCUUAGUAAACAGACAGAAACAAUAUCGAACAUAUAAGAGAUUCGAUAGCUAUUUUGAAACGGCUACAACGAAUGAUUUAGAUAAGCCUAACAGCAAUGAUGGUGGGAGAGAUUUCAUCAAUUCUGAACUAUGGCGUACAAUGCGUGAUGGCAUUUUGAAUAAAAACAAUAUAUUUAAAGAUCAAGACCUGGCUCGAGUAUGGUUGAAAAUUACAUUUGAAGAAUUCGAGAAAAAUUUACAACAGUGUUCCCCCAAUAGAUCUCUACUAUCGAUAGCGACAAGACAAGAUUUAGAACGCGAUUAUAAAUUGGAGAGAAAUGAAAAAUUAAUGGAAUACUACGUGCAACUACAAUUAGGAAUGGAAAGUCUUUUCCGAUCAGCAGUGAUUGCUGAUGCGGACAUAUUUGAACUGAAAACACCCAGAAUUUGUACAAUACUCGAUCUGAUUGGCGAUUUGAUACCAGAAGUGAAUCUAAUUAUGAAGAGCAUAUCGAUAGUCAUCGGCGAAAGUACGCAAUGGAUGAUCGAGAAGAAACUGAAAGAGCUGUGUCAGUUAUCCAUUCGUUUUUCUCAAUUACCAGAAAAAUUAGCUCGAAAAGCGACAAUAAUGAAGCGUAAUCACAUAAACAAACUUGGUGAACGCAACCAAAUCGGAUUGUCUGUAAAAUUUGAAAACAUGCUAAGACCUAAUGUCAGGGUGAAGAAGUUAAGCACUCAGCAAAUACUUGCAGUUCGGGAUACAAAAUUAUUAGAGGCGUGCUGCAUCAAACUACUGUGUAACGAUGAUAUCAAUCCGUUGACAGAACACAAUGAGCUUGAAAUUAUCAAAAAGCUAUUAUUAGAAUUCAAAAAUAUUCAUUAUGCGUCGCAACUUUCGCCAGAUUUGCAAACAUCAGAAGAGCAGCCGGCAGAAUUUCAGCGUAUGAACAAAUUUGCGAUACCUGAGUAUUUCUUUGAUUUACAGAUCAAUCAUCGUUUUAUGAAAUGUAUGGUAGAUGAGCCUGAGCGCAAACAUCGUGAAAGAGUGAAGAACUAUUUGAUGCGCUUGAGCGAAUCAAAGAUUGGUGAAUUGAUUGGUUGCAUUGAUCCGUCGGAAUCAAAAUUAAAUCCAUUAUUGAUAUUAUUACUAGAAGUACAAAAAGAGAAAGACAGAUUUUGCUCAAUAUCAUAA